GUCACUCUACACAACUCGAUCGAAUGGAUUAAUCUGUCUACUACAGGCACCCUGACAGGUGCCUCUAUUCCCGCCUUGCCCACAUGUAGUCCGGAUACACCCUCACGGUCCAGCACAGCCACCGGGUCGGUCGAUUUACAUCCAGGUCAAUCGUUGAAUGCGGUGAUUCAUUACGAACUAAAAGAAUUGGGACCACACACGUUGCGCUGCUCCGCUUCUUACUAUUUGCUCACUCAAUCAGCUGCUGUCAUUUCACCAAUCAGUUCAUCAUUCAAAGGUAAUAUCACUAAUCAAUCGGUGCUUCAUCUCCUGUGCUGUUCACCAGCUGGAAUUGACUGA